AAACAUUCUGACCUGUCGCUGUAGCAUUCAGUGAGGCAAGGCGUGAAGGCGAGCAAUGUAAGAGUCAGGCAGAAGGUGUGCCGGGGUAUAAGUAUAUCACAACGAAUUUGAUUUAUUCACUAGAAAAAGUCAUCCACUAUGGCAAAAUAGUAUCCCUGUUAACACGGAAGAGACGCAUAGUCACUGUCGAGACCGCGAAGUUUUCAAUCCCGGGAAGGCAACGGUUAGUCUGGGAAGCUAGCUAACUAACGCGUUACAUAUACUCGUUUUUGCUAGCAACUGACCUCCAACACAACAAGGCGCAUUGGACUAGUGAUCAAUAAGUUACCCAUUCUUUGUCGUCAGGCCCCCUUGCCUCCCAACCCAAAGUGGUGCCCUGCGUACGGGUCCUGGGAAUAUGAGACAGAAUGAGUCAGAGAGAUACCCUCGUUCAUCUGUUUGCUGGAGGGUGUGGGGGAACGGUAGGAGCCAUCCUGACCUGUCCCCUGGAGGUGGUGAAGACCAGACUCCAGUCAUCCCACAUCACACUCUACGUGUCUGAGGUGCAGCUCAGUACCGUCAAUGGGCCCAGCGUAGCACGUAUGUCCCCUCCAGGACCCCUGCACUGCCUCAAGUUGAUUCUUGAGAAAGAAGGAGCCCGCUCUCUGUUCAGGGGCCUGGGGCCUAAUCUAGUGGGCGUGGCCCCCUCCAGAGCCAUCUAUUUUGCUGCGUACUCCAGUGCCAAAGAGAGACUGAAUGAAGUGUUUGAGCCUGACUCUACACAGGUCCACAUGCUAUCUGCUGGCUUGGCAGGGUUCACAGCCAUCACAGCUACCAACCCGAUCUGGCUCAUCAAGACUCGUAUGCAGCUGGACUCCAGGAACCGCGGGGAGAAGCCCAUGAAUGCGUUUGAGUGUUUGCGGCGGGUGUACCAGACAGAAGGCCUGCGAGGGUUCUACCGGGGAAUGUCAGCGUCCUACGCUGGAAUCUCAGAGACUGUGAUCCACUUUGUCAUCUAUGAGAGCAUCAAGCGUCGCCUCCUGGAGGCCAAGGCCGCGCAGCACAUGGACGAGGAGGGGGAGUCGUCCAAGGAUGCCUCAGACUUUGUGGGGAUGAUGCUCGCCGCUGCCACCUCCAAGACCUGUGCCACGUCCAUCGCUUACCCCCACGAAGUGAUCCGGACCCGGCUACGGGAGGAAGGCACCAAGUACCGUUCCUUCUUCCAGACUCUGACCACGGUGCCCAAGGAAGAGGGCUACAGGGCGCUGUACCGUGGCCUCACCACCCACCUGGUGCGCCAGAUCCCUAACACCGCCAUCAUGAUGUGCACCUACGAGUUAGUGGUCUACAUGCUGAACGGUUAACCUCUGACCCUUGACCUAAGACCCAAGAUGAAACCCCAGAGAGAGAUGGGCCGACGCCCCACGUGGACAGAUGGCAUAAAGAGACCCCAGAGAAACUAAACAGGAGAGGGACCAGGGACUGUCAUCUCUCCCACCUCCAGUCCCUCCAUCCUCUGUCUAAAACUAAACAGGAGAGGGACCAGGGACUGUCAUCUCUCCCACCUCCAGUCCCUCCAUCCUGUCUGUCUAAAACUAAACAGGAGAGGGACCAGGGACUGUCAUCUCUCCCACCUCCAGUCCCUCCAUCCUGUCUGUCUAAAACUAAACAGGAGAGGGACCAGGGACUGUCAUCUCUCCCACCUCCAGUCCCUCCAUCCUGUCUGUCUAAAACUAAAGCAAAUUGUCCCAUAAGCACCCUGUUUUUUGGGAUGGAGAGUUGGGUUGUUUUCAGGGGUGCACGACACAGGAAGAGGGGUUGGUAGACAGGAAAUCACUGUUUGUUUUGGGGAUAUGGUUUAAAGGUGUUUAAAAAGAAGCGGUCUCAUUGAAAAUUAGUCCUUAGGAGCCCUUUCUCUCUCUCUCGUUUUCUUGACCUCCUCUCUUAUUGUGUCUCUCCUAAAUAAGCUUCUUUACAAGCGCAUAGCUUACUGGAGCAGGUACAUUGGGGAGAACACUCAAGCUGUUUUUAGAGUCUAAUAAUACUAAUACUUUCGCUGGUUUGUGUGUCAAGGGGGCAAUUGGUAGUAGAGGCUUGUUGAGUGCAGGGAGGUCUUGAGGUGAGGAUAGGGUUGGAGGUUGGAGCGAGGUGGAUAGGGGAUGUGCCUUGCCUUGCGUAAAGAUUUGAACUGACCUGUAUAGAUGCACAAUAGUGAUGUGAGGCUGAGGAAGAGGAGGAAAGGUCAGACCAGCACUGGUUUCUGGAUCUCAGUAGACCACAGUUGGACCGCAGUCAUUCAGAACCACACAGUGCUGGUCGGGUCCAUUUUGCACUCAGGACCAAGCCUGGUCCCCUCCACCGCAGUUGGUCAACAUACACACAGAUCCUCCCUACAGGGGCUAGUCCACUCUGACAGGCCUAACCUAACAUUGAUACUCUUGACUCAUACUGGAAGCUUAGACAUAUGCAGCAGUCUUUACUGUAGGGCCUGAUCAGUGUGGACAGCCCUCUGGCCCUUUCUCUGUGUGUGUUCUGUCAAGUGACUAGGGUGAUAGUAAGAGCCUGACCCCUGACCUACUCCCUCAGCACCCAGACUGACCAGAACCAUCCGCCAUUUUUAACUACUUGAAUGUUAACCAACACAAGGAAUAACAAACUAAAGAGGAUGGGAGCAUUGUCUCACGUCAAAGUGGCCAGAAGCCAUCUCUGAAGUGAGACUCUGCUAUGGUAGUGAAACAACCACCAACCUUGUGAAUAUUCUAAGAAAGAACAAAUAUUAACAGAAAAAAACAUAAAAAGUUAACAAACUUAACAAGACAAUUAUACUGAACAAAAUAUAAACGCAACAAUUUCAAUGAUUUUACUGAGUUUACAGUUCAUAGAAGGAAAUC